GUUACUGUACAGAAUUGAAGAAACAUCAAAACAAGCACUAAUUUAAAUUUCUCCUGCAUCUACCCCUCUACCCUAUCGUAUCUGAAACUUCUAGGCGUGUAUCUCCAAAGAUAUUUAAGAAAAAUCACCAUGUUUUUGAUUUUAUCACGUUGAAUGAUUUUACAUCUUUUUGAUCAAGGAGACAAUUGGAAUGUAUUUUCACUGUUGUCCAGUGACCCUAAAUGUCGCCCCUUUGAAGGUCAACAAGACUCCAGAAAGUCACAGCACCUGCCCAAGAAAUAGUCCUGCACAUAACUUUUUGUGAAAACUUGAUGCUUUUAAACUUAGGUUUUUGUACAAAUUAAACAAAGAAGAUAUAACAUGUCAUUCAGGACAUAGAAUUAUAGGUGGAAAGAGUCCUAAAAUGACACAGGGUUAGUAAAAUCAUUGAAUUUGGUGGUAUUUAGUACUGCAGACAAGGUCAGUAUCCACAUUGCAGUUGGCAGUAAAAGGGUCAUUUGCUAUACCUGACUUUGUUACUCAUUGUUAGUGAUGUUCACAAUUAACCUCACUUUGUUAUUUUUUUACCAGCAAGGUUACUGAGGAUUUUGCUGGAUGUUAUUUAGCACGUAUUUCUCUACAAGUAAUACCCAGUAACAAGCAAUUAUUAACUCUGUGAAUAUGAUUGACUUAGGACUGAUUAUGACACAGGUUGACACAACAAGAUGGAUAGCAAGUUGUAUGUGUUACACACAUUUUUAUAAACUUGCAUUUUCCAUUUGAAGCAUUCGUACUUGGGUUUGAAGUGAUUUUAAGGAAGCUAACAAUAAUUUACCUACAGUUUUCUUAGUUGCUUCCGCACAAUUGUCAAAUGAAAAUCAUUAUUUUAUUUUUAAACACUGUGAAAUUCUCAAGUCCACAGCUAUUUUUCUCUCACAGCAGUUUAGACACUUCUUGUUGCUUUCAUACAGACGUCAAAUGUAUAAGUAUAUUCAGUUGAUAGCCUCUGUGAUCAAAAUGGAUUAUGCCGUUUUUACAUUGAACUGUAUUACGCUCAGAUGUGCUCACUGUGUAAAUCCUCACAUGCAAAAUAUUAGUAAGACAACUGUCAUAACAUAACGUGUGCAGUGCAUCACAUGUUGUAAAAUUUAGCUUACAGGUGCAACUCCUCAGCUACUAUUUCUCAGACACAUUUAAUAAUAACUUUACACACAGAGGGCGAAGCUGAGUUUUAUGUAGGUACCACUGAAUAUGAACCAGGCAGAGUGGGACAACAGCCUGCUUAUACAGAAGGGAAGAUGUGAAAGUUACUGUACGUGAUGUGUUUGGUCAGAGUGAGCGGUGGACCCUGAGAAAAUGACAGAGGGAGGAGGACAGAGCCUAUACCCUGUCUUUGAGGACGCCAUAGCAAAGACAUGUAGGAGAAGGUUGCAUCAUGCCAAAGGGUGUUUCUUGUGUACUGUAAGACCAAAUAGUAGAUGAAAUACUGUGACCAGAUAGACAGGAGGGUUUGGAUGGCUGAUUAGUUGUUGAAGGGGAUUCACAUUUUGUUUUUCUUUCUUUUUCUUAACAGCUGCUAUUUGCAAGAAUUAGUUGUAUCGGGACGUGUGUUUUUCCUAUACCUCCAUUUUUCUAUUUUCAGCUUGACAUUUCUGUUACAUAUAAGGUGCUCACUGUGAACAGGGGACAUACCAGAAAGUUAGCUGGAGGCCACUGCCUGGGCUCACCUCCCUGCAUGAUUUCUGCUGCCUGUCCCAAGACGGUGAGGCUUCAGUGCUCCUGCUGACAGGGCAGAAAUGGGUGAAUGUAAUUAUGUGGCCACUGCAUUGGAGGAAUCCAUCACUUGAGCAGUAGCAGGGUAAUGUGCUGCUGACUAACCCAUGGGGUACGCUCCUUCUCCUCUCCUCUAAUUCUUCUAUCUUUUCCGCUCACUCAUAUUUCUCUUCUCACAGCUUAAAUCAGAGCCCGGACUCGCUUCCGCUGACAACCUGCUGCCCAUCACUGUCCGAGCACGCACACGUACAAGUGCAAGUUUAUGCAUGCAGAAUAAUUUCCGAGGUCCACAUACACGUGAUAUCUUCUUCCCUUGUUACACACACACACACACACACACACACACACACACACACACACACCUAAGGAAUCUUUAAUCUUGUAUGCAGGGAGGUUGGCAUAAACACUAGAUACCAUUAUUUGCUACAUAUGGCCACUUUACAACCAGAGUAAAUCUCCAAAUGAGCUGAACCCAAAAUAGAGAUCUGACUGACUGAGUCAGUGUAUCAUCACCCUGCUAAAUAUACUGUAUAAUGACUAAUAUAAUUCAGGUGUUUCACUAUGAUUUAUGUUAUUUAACACAAAAUAAGACUCAGUAUUCAUAUUCUGUUACCCAUUAAGUGACAGUGUAGCUUAAUAAGCAAUGUAAGUGAGGUGUAGUGAGAAGGGGUAUCUCCAAAUUUACUCAAACCUUAAGCACUGUGAUUCAUUUUCAAAUGAAGUAACUACAAAUAGUGAAUUGAUGAAAAAUUAAUAAAAGUAGCAUAAUUUUAGACCUGGAAACAAAGUGAACCAAUUUAUAUCUUCACUCAAAAAAAGACCACAUCUGACAGAUUCUCAACAGAAUUUACACAUUUUACUGUCAAAGUUAAAAUAUUUAAAUAUACACCAAACAAAUACUUAAAAUCAUAUACAUCACACGUAUUACAGAGUAUGUGACUAAGCAGAGUUUCUAAGAUAAGAGAGUCUCAUUCUCUCAGUGUGGAUAAACUGGUGAUGCUAAAGUUGAUGACAGCUGGCACAUUGCAUAGCAUCCUGGCAGACAUGUUCCAUAAUAAAAUAAGGAAUAUCACUUUCCAGCCUAUAAAUGCUUUACAUGAAGCCCACUCAGUGAGUCAGCCUUUGUUCAUUUCUAGAAACUCAUUAUAUGGCUUUGAUGUUGAUUUGUCUUGUCCUGGCUGCUUCAGACUGACAAAUAACUCUGGAUUUCAUGACACCUGUGCCCUUUUUCUCACAAGGAGGUGUCAGAUUAAUUUUAGUUCAUAUGAAUGUCAUCAAUUGUUUUGUAGUUUUCCAUAUUUUUUUGUGUUAACUUGAACCACUUGAGUCAUGGAAACUCUGCCAGCCUCUGCCUUGAGUAGAUGUAUGGUAGAUGUAUGGUCAAACCUUAUAUAACAGGCAUACACGUAGACAUACAAGUAGAGGGGACUACUGUGAGCUUCCAUCAGCCGUCAUCAGGAUGAGUAAGAUGACGAAGCUUCUGAAGAGACAGGCAGAGAGGGCGUGGGGAGAUCUCAGACAUGGGGGGAGAGGGAGGAAGGGGGAGUGUCGGGGAUUGGUGGAUAAAGAGAGGGAGAGAGUGUGGCUCCCCCCUCUGAGGAGUUCUGGGAACCUUCAUGACUGACUGGAGAGCCGGGGUUCCAGUGCGAGGUGCCGGAGAGAUCGUUAACAGCUGUUGUCCAGUGUUGAGGGUGUUGAGAGAGUCCAGUUCUCCUGUUGCUGCCAUGAGCUUCAGGGCGGUGCUGCUGUCCUUCCUCCUGGUGUCCCUGGGCUGGUCCAGAGGAGCCGUCAUCACAGGGGCCUGUGAGAAAGACGUGCAGUGUGGUUUUGGUCUUUGCUGUGCCGUCAGUCUGUGGCUGAGGGGUCUGAGGAUGUGCGUUCCAAGAGGUGUGGAAGGGGAUGAAUGCCACCCCUUUAGCCACAAGGUGCCCUAUCCAGGCAAAAGGCAACAUCACACCUGCCCCUGUCUGCCCCACUUGGUGUGCACCAGAUACGCUGAUAGCAGGUAUAGAUGUACUGAAGACUUCAAAAACAUGGACUUUUAAAAGAUGGCCAAACAUUCAGAUGAAGAACAGCACAGCGGAAACAACAUUUCAGAGUGAAGACUUGAACAGGCCGUGGAUCGGAAACACAUAUUUAAUCUUCACUGACUGUAUUCUUCAUUUGUGCACUCUAUGCAGUAUAAUACAUAGGUUGGAUUCUAUCAAUCCACACAUCAAGGACAGAAAAAGAAAUGUCAAAAGUAGACUCAAGUGUAACCUGUUAACAAGAGCCUCAGUAGACAUCAGACACUUUUUACUUAAUAAAAACAAGGAAGCUAUUUGUGAACAAUUGAAACAUUUGCUGUUUUAUUUUCAUGCUCACUUAAUGUUAAUUUAUCAAGAGAAAUGUAUAAAUAGUAUCGUCAAUAAAAGUAUAAUAACAACAUUGUCGUUGGAGACGUACUCUGUAGAGGGUUUGUUUCCGUGUUCAGUUUAUGUUGCUUGAUUAAACAUAAUGUGUGUUACAGGA